AUGGCCGCCAACUUCUCCAACCUUCCUGACGACGUGCUUCACGAUAUCCUCCUCUGCAUGUGUGACUUCCACGACCUUGGCGCCACAAUCCGCGUCUCCAAGAACGUGUACGACGUCUUCAACUCCUGCAAACGUCUCGUCGUCCGCGCUGUUUUGCAGAACGUAGCAGGCCCGGCCUGGGUCCAGGCAGCUCGCUUCGCCCACUUUAAGCUCCAUGGACGUCUCACAGACGACCUAUCAGUCCCCGAAGAGAGCUACUUUGAAGACUUGGACUGGGCGCCGUCGCGCGAUAUCUUGGAUCGCAUGGAAUAUGCUCAAGAAGUGCGCCGCCUGAAAGCUUUUUAUAGCCAACGGAACAAGGAUCGCAAGUCCCUGCAGAGCGUGCUAGAUCCCACGGAAGCAAUGAAGUUUGACAGAGCUCUGUAUCGCCUGUGGCUCUAUGUCGAUCUCUAUGAAGAUUUUGUCGACCUAUGCGACGACGAAUCCGAAUCCGAAUCCGAUGAUGAUGAUGACGACGACGACGGCUACGACGGCCGCACGCAUAAACGGGCCCGUCUCCGAGUCACACAACUCCUCCAGAAGCUGUCCACCGAAGAGCUGCUGGAAGCCAUCCACAUCAGCUCAUUUCUUCAAGAAACGAAGCGCUGGCUCGGCGUCAUGCACGCAAACUACAAAUACCGUGCAACCCUCCCAGAGGACGUGCUUGCAGGCGUCCAGACAGCGUUGGAGGUCAGCAUCGACAUAGGCUUCCCUGCUUUCACCAGUCUCGCGAGCCCCUUGCUUGCCUCCCGGAAGGUCAAGAAGGAGACCAUAGACGAGUGUGAAACUUCGCCGACGAUCAUCCUGGCCACCGUCCCAGGUAGCAAGGAUACUUGCACCCGUUGUGGGGCCUCAGGCGGUACCAGGCUCAUAGGCUCUCCAAACGCCUGGAUUUUCGCGGGAGAGUGCAGGCUGCAAGAUCGCAAGCUCCUCCCGGGGCUUCUGAUGAGGAACCCUUGGGAGUGCGACGCGAUGUAUGGCCACCUGUGGCAUGGGAACGGAGGCAAGGUCGUCGACGAGGCCGCGCUCUUUCAUGAGAUGGUCAACCUCGACAUGGGCCCGGACGCGGAGUCGUGGUCGAAGGACGGGUGGUACUGCCUCGAUUGCAUGCGCGAGCUCCAUCGACAGCGCUUCAUGCAAUGGUGGAAGGUCACCAAGGCGAAGAAUGGUGCCCCUGUGCUAGAUGACUGUUGGUACGGCUACAAUUGCCGCACGAUGAUUCACCAGCAAGCACAUGCGACGAAGCUAAACCACUUGUGCACUCCCACGCGGGGAAAUGGUGCAUAA